UCAAAAUGGCGACGGAACAGGCGCUGAUUCAGAGACGGAGGUUCAAGCUGUAAUUCGUGAAUUAGUUACUUGUUUAUAUCGAGACAUGGAUAUUUAUAGAGACGAGUUAGCUUUGCGAAUCCAAAAUAUUUGCAAAUCUUAACACUGACUGUUUUUAUUCGUGCAAGUUCCGGCGUAAUCUCAAAAAGGGAGCAACUUCACACACAGGAAUGGCGGAGGAACGACGGCAGAAACAAUGUUCGGUUGUCUUGCCGACAGAAUCAAUGAAAGCCAUGGCAGAGUCUGUGGGAGUGGGACAGUUACAAGAGGAUAGCUGUGUUGCUCUGAGCGAGGAAGUCAGCUACAGGAUAAAAGAAAUUGCACAGGAUGCGCUCAAGUUCAUGCAUCAUGGGAAGAGACGUAAAUUAACCACCAGCGAUGUAGAUAACGCUCUCAAAUUAAAAAAUGUUGAGCCCCUGUAUGGGUUCCAGUCCCAAGAGUUUAUCCCUUUUCGCUUUGCAAGUGGUGGUGGGAGGGAACUUCAUUUUUAUGAGGAAAAAGAGGUGGACCUCAGUGACAUUAUCAACACGCCGCUCCCCAGGGUUCCACUGGAUGUGUCACUUAAAGCCCACUGGUUAAGUAUUGAGGGGAUGCAGCCUGCUAUUCCAGAAAAUCCACCACCAGCCACAAAAGAGCAACAAAAAUCUGAAUCAACAGAGCCCCUCAAAGUUGUCAAGCCUGGUCAGGAGGAGGAAGGCACAAUUCAGAACAAGACACAGGGCACAACAGCUACAGAUGGAAAAGGAAAAGAGAAGGGUAUGAUAAGGUUGAAGCCACGCAGCACUCACGAGCUCUCUGUGGAACAGCAGCUUUACUACAAGGAAAUUACAGAAGCUUGUGUUGGCUCCUGUGAAGCAAAAAGAGCGGAGGCUUUGCAGAGUAUUGCUACAGACCCUGGGCUGUAUCAGAUGCUUCCAAGAUUCAGCACAUUUAUUUCUGAAGGGGUUCGUGUGAAUGUGGUGCAAAACAACUUGGCUCUAUUGAUUUACCUCAUGCGGAUGGUCAAAGCACUAAUGGACAAUCCCACUCUGUAUCUGGAGAAAUAUUUGCAUGAGCUCAUUCCUGCUGUGGUGACGUGUAUUGUGAGUAAGCAGCUGUGUUUGCGACCUGAUGUUGACAACCACUGGGCUCUACGAGACUUUGCUGCUCGCCUCAUGGCCCAAAGUUGUAAAACCUUCAGCACCACGACCAACAACAUCCAAUCCCGUAUCACUAAGACUUUUACAAAGAGUUGGCUGGAUGAUAAAACCCAGUGGACGACGCGUUAUGGUUGCAUUGCUGGACUUGCUGAAUUGGGACCUGAUGUGAUUAAGACACUGAUCCUUCCUCGGCUUUCUGUAGAGGGUGCUCGCAUCAAAGCAGUGAUGGAAGGGCCGGUGGUCUCCAAUAUUGAUAAGAUAGGAGCUGACCAUGUUCAAAGUCUCUUACUGAAACACUGUGCCAGUGUUAUUGCAAAAAUCCGACCACAGCCUGAUAAUGUGGAACAGUAUCGUUCAGACUAUGGUUACCUUGGACCAAUGCUUUGCUCCCAUGUAAUGAAAGCCAGGACCCAGGCAGCACUGCAGGCUCAGCAAGUCAACAGAACCACAUUAACAAUCACACAGCCUCGGCCCACUCUGUCAGUCUCACAAAGUGGGUUAAGUGGGUCAUCUGGUCCACGUACUCCCAGCAUCAUUAAGGUCCCAAGCUCCCUCACUCUGAUGUCCCCUCGGCCUGGGACCCCAUCACAGCCUUCCCCGCCGGCCACCAAGUACAUUGUCAUGGCAACCAGUGCAGGAGCUGCCUCAACUCAGCAGGUGAUCACCCUCAGCUCUUCCCAGACCGCCUCACCAGUCACCAGCACUGUUCCCAGCGCCUCUUCCACCUUGCAGCCUUUAGUAAAACUGGAGUCCGGCAGUGGCACCGGACUGACCGGUUCCAGACCUCUGCAGAAGUACAUAGUGGUAUCUCUGCCGUCAUCUGCCUCUUCCUCUUUGGAGAAUAAAAGCUCUGUACUUCCAACCUCAAUUUCCUCAACCCAACUAGAAGCAGGGAUGAAGCUAGACCGGUCCGAGUCUCCUGGAGCAAGCACACAGUCACCACACUGAGACUUUUAAAGCUGGACAUUUUUACCAUGUUGGUGCAGCUGAAAACCCACAUGACCAUUUGGGCUGAGCUUAAAGAUUAAAACUCCAGAGUGGUAUGAAGGGGAAUAUCUGAACUCUUGACUGAAGAGCAAAUAAGACCAGAAAUUGUAAAUAAUGUGAUAAUGCCCAAUGGAAACUGUCACCUGUAAUGUCUCGGCUUAUAUUCUAAUGACUUCAUGUUUUUGUUUUUUUGUUUUUUACUCAAAAAUAAAUCAGUUUUGUAUGAAGUUUA